GAAAGGAAUACCUCAAAGGACAUAGUUAACAUUUUACUAUAUCUAAUCAUGUGGAUGGACUUGGUGUUUCAACAUAACUUACAACCUGGCUGAUAAGUAAUUUAUAUUGGAUUAAAUUAAAACAAUGCUUUUGAAUCGUCUGUUUUUGGCACUGUUGCAUUAUGGUUCCAUGAAUUUGGUCGUGCGAGGACUGGAUGGCGAUGUCCGAAUGGAAGGUGAUGGGGAUACAGACGUUGAUAUUGAUGAAGAACGAAGGAACCACAGGAUUGUGUGUUAUUACACAAAUUGGUCACAAUAUCGGCCUAGGCCGGGAAAAUUUUUCCCGGAGAAUAUUGACCCGACCCUCUGUACACAUAUCAAUUAUGCUUUUGUCAAGUUAAUUGAGGGAAGACUCGCCCCAGUAGAAUGGAAUGAUGAAUCAACAGAAUGGUCUAAAGGUAACUAUGAAAAGAUUGUCGAUUUAAAAGAAGUGAACCCCUCUCUGAAGAUCCUCCUAGCUGUUGGCGGAUGGAACAUGGGGUCUUCGCCAUUCUCACAGAUGGUCGCCUCCAACACAUCCAUUAAAUACUUCGUGAAGACCAGUAUCAAGUACUUGAGAAAGCAUCGCUUUGACGGUCUCGAUCUUGACUGGGAAUAUCCAGGAUCGAGGGGAAGUCCUCAAGGAGACAAGGAACGAUUUACUAUACUGUGUCAGGAACUACGUAAUGGAUUUGAGAAAGAAGCCAUGGAGACAGGGAGUGAACGACUACUUCUGAGUGCAGCUAUGGCUGCUGGACAAGACUAUAUAGAAAACGCAUACCAAAUAGACCGAGUAGCGGAGUAUCUUGAUUUUCUAAAUGUCAUGACGUUUGAUCUACAUGGAAGUUGGUCUAAAGUUACUGGUAUAAAUAGUCCGCUAUAUGCAGAUCCUACGGUGGCGAAUGAUACACUUAACACAGAUUGGGUGAUACAAUAUUAUUUGUCCAAUGGUGUUCCAGCAGAGAAGAUUAACAUGGGAGUUCCUCUAUAUGGACGAACUUUUACUCUUCAUGACAGUCGCUACGCGGAUAUUGGCCACCCUGCACGAGGACCAGGGGUGAAAGGACGUUACACAAGAGAGAAAGGCUUUUUGGCUUAUUAUGAGAUCUGUGUCUAUAAGGGUCAUACUAAUUGGGUAGGCGGAUUGGAUGAAGAACAACAAUCGUGUUAUGGUAACCUUCACAACCAAUGGGUCGGCUUUGAUGAUACAAGGAGCAUUCCACUCAAGAUGAAAUACCUGAAGGAGCAACGCUUGGGUGGUGUUAUGGUAUGGGCAAUAGAUUUAGACGACUUCACCGGGUUAUUCCAACGAAACAGGCUUAAAUAUCCAUUACUGAACCAGAUUAAGGAUAUCUUAAAUCCCCCGCCUGUAAUCCCAGAAACCACGAUAGAUGAGGGAUCGGGGGCUGUAGAAGACGACAUAGAAGAGGGGUCUGCGGAUGAGAAUGACGAUGCCGAUGAUUUUGAUUACAUAAGUGAUAACACCGAGGAGGAAUCUGAUGAUGAUUUAAAAGACUAUCUAGUCUACCCGAGUGAUCUUCCAACCGGCUUAACUUCGAAAUGCAAAGAGGAAGGCCAGAAGUUCGCAGAUCCCCAGAAUGCAGAACAGUACUAUGAGUGUCAAUACAUAGGAACACCGAACGCCCAAUUAUUACAACGGAUUUGCUAUUAUGGUCUCGUCUUCAAUGAGGAACUUAGCACAUGUGAUUGGCCUUCAUAUUCUGACUCUGACUCUGAUUUAGAUGAUGAUUACGAAUAGAUCAGCAGAUCAUCCCGAUCUACGUCAUGAUUGUUUAUAUAGUAGUUUCAAAUACUAGUAAUAUAAAAUCGAAUGGUAACAAAUCAUCAA